AGCUGCUUUGGCCAAACACCAAAGCUCCAGUUGCAGCCUUGCUUGAUAUCUCCUCGUCAACCCCACGAAUUGAUAACCGCCCGUAAUCCAGCACUCACUUCUUCCAUACCGAUUCUAUCAAAGCAGGACCUUGAGCGAUGGCGGACCGAUACUCCUUCUCUCUCACAACCUUCUCCCCCAGUGGAAAGCUGGUGCAGAUUGAGUAUGCCCUCAAUGCUGUAAACCAGGGUAUCACUGCCCUUGGCAUCAAAGCCACCAACGGUAUCGUUCUUGCCACCGAGAAGAAGUCAUCAUCCCCUCUGGCCGACCAGAGCUCCCUCUCCAAGAUCAGCGACAUCACCCCCAACAUCGGCAUGGUGUACUCCGGCAUGGGCCCUGACUAUCGAGUAUUGGUGGACCGAGCACGCAAGGUCUCACAUACCGGCUACAAGCGCAUCUAUAACGAGUACCCCCCUACCAGAAUAUUGGUGCAGGAUGUCGCCCGAGUGAUGCAGGAGGCCACGCAAUCCGCCGGUGUUCGACCUUACGGUGUGAGUCUGCUGGUUGCUGGUUGGGAUGAGGGCAUCGAGCCUGAGGAGGAGAACAAGACCACCGAGGAGAGCGAGGAGAAGAAGGUCAACCGAAAGACUGGCGGUAUUCACAAGGGCGGCCCUAUGCUGUACCAGGUCGAUCCCUCUGGCAGUUACUACCCAUGGAAGGCUACAGCCAUUGGCAAGAGUGCGACAAAGGCCAAGACAUUCUUGGAAAAGCGAUACUCGGAGGAGCUCGAGCUUGAGGAUGCUAUCCACAUUGCGCUGUUGACCCUGAAGGACAACAUCGAGGGUGAGAUGAACGGUGACAGCAUCGAAAUUGGUAUUGUUGGUGCUCCCGCAGACCAUCUUCUGGGUCUUGAGGGUGUUGAUGGGGCUGUCGGACCCCGUUUCAGAAAGCUGACCCCUCAAGAGAUUGAGGAUUACCUGACGAGUCUAUGAUUGCCCUUAUGCAAAUGAUCACAACGAGAAGCAUUGUACAAUAGAGGGUCAUGUGGCUCACUAGAGCUGGUUCUGAUAGAAGAGCAGCUCAUUAUGAGCUUUGAGAUUGCUUUACCUUUUUUGUGACUAUGAAUGAUGAUCUGGGGCCAGCCUCAACGGCAACAAUUGCCCAACCCUCAGGGGGCGUAAAAUCUACCUUUGCCCAUGAUGAAACUGGAUCUUGAGCAUCUUUCCCAAGACCAAUUUGGCCAUUAGUGUUAUUCCCUAUAACGUAGAUGCAGCCAUCAGUCGUAAGAGCAAUGGCAUGUGAUUCUCCAAGUCCAAUAUCCUGCACGUCUUUGUCUCCAUCAACUUCGAAGUAGUUUGGUAGCUCGCUGAUAUCUUGAAAUACGUUGUGUUGGCUUUGUGAGCCAGGGGCUGCCAUGCCCCAGAGAUACAAUCCGCCACUCUCUGUCAAAGCUGCAGCUGUGUAUCCCGCUGCUGCAAUCUUCUUGAUGGGCUCGCCGAGAUCACUCAGAUCUUGUAUGAUUCCGGGUUCGUUGGCAGGGCUAAUGACACGAUCAGAAUGGCCUUUCUGUAGUUGUUCAUGAAUGCUA